AUGGCAGCCAACAUACUCUCAAGGUGGAGGUCCUCUGACAAUCCGGCGGCGUCCAUAUACGAGACAAUUCGAGAGCACGAUCAGCACGAAGACUCAGACGAGUCGGACGUGGAGAGACAGGCUGGCCUGUAUCGCUACGGCCAGCAGGGAGAUGGCAACGCGGAUCUAAAUGCGGAAUCCACCGAGCGACGCGUCAACAGCAACCAUAGAACCUCCAAACACCGCCAGCAGGGCAAGCCCGCAUCUCAUGGUGCCCUGCGUCCAAAGUGGAUGACAAAAGGCCAAAAGGCACACGAUCCAGAGGAUUUGGAGGAUGAUGUGCCCGCAUCUCUGCUCAUUGAGGGCGAGCAGCUAGGUCUUGGUCCAGGCUCAGUUGCGCUUCCUCCUCCCCCUAGCUCAGUUCCGGACACUCAGCCGUUGCCCACCGGCAUCGGUGAUAUACAAACUGGGGACCACCGAGCGGCUGCUGCACAGAGCCAACGACCGCGCGCCUCUGCGUCGAAUUUCAUGGCCACAGCCGAUCCACGAGCAAUAGCAAUGUAUCGUUGGUCUAACGUUGUGAAUCUGGACAAUUUUCUGCUCGACCUCUACGACUACUACGACUCAAAUGGCAUCUAUUCCAUCCUACUCCGGAGACUUUAUACUCUUCUCACCGGCGUAUUCAUCGUGGGUUUCUCGACUUUUCUCACGCAGUGCAUCGACUAUCAUUCCGACCUCAAGCACGUCACACACCUGAAGCAAGUACUGGUCCCAAAAUGUAUGGCCCGAAUGAGCUUCUUCCCCAAACUGCUUCUCUGGGUUUUGACGGUGAUCUGGAUCUGGAAGCUAGCCCAGUAUCUGCUGGACAUCCGAAGACUGCUACAUCUUCGGGACUUCUAUCUUCAUCUACUCGACGUCAAUGACUCAGAGAUCCAAUCCAUCUCUUGGCAGGAGAUUGUCAGUCGACUCAUGGCGUUGCGAGAUGCCAACCCUGCCGUUGCUCCAAACAGCUCUGCUAAAUCACGACGUUACGCAACUACCCAGAAUAAGCAGCGCAUGGAUGCUCACGACAUUGCCAACAGAUUGCUGCGGAAAGAAAACUACAUCAUCGCCAUGAUCAACAAAGACAUACUCGACAUGACGUUACCGGUACCAUUUCUGCGCAACCGGCAGCUCUUCACUCGGACCCUUGAAUGGAAUCUCAAUUGGUGUAUCAUGGAUUUCAUCUUCAACGACCGAGGCCAGCUGCGGCCGAUUUUCCUCAAGGACACCCAUCGCAAGGAAUUAUCAGAAGCACUACGCAGGCGAUUCAUUUUCGCUGGCACAACGAAUCUUAUAGCAGCCCCUUUCCUGAUUAUCUAUUUCCUCCUUCAGAACUUCUUCACCAACUUCAAUGAGUAUCAGAGAAACCCCGGGGCUAUUGGGUCUCGCGAGUACAAUCCCUUGGCCGAGUGGAAGUUUCGCGAGUUCAAUGAAUUGCGACAUCUCUUCAGGCGUCGAAUGAACAUGUCUCACCCCUUUGCAUCCAGAUACAUCGACCAGUUCCCGAAAGAUCGCACUGUGCAGACUGCUCGCUUCGUGGCUUUCAUUACGGGAGCUCUGACGUCGGUUCUCGUGCUGGCAACUCUUUUGGAUCAAGAAAAUUUGCUCGCUAUGGCCAUCAGUGAUGGCCGAACAACGCUUUUCUACCUGGGCCUGUUUGGAGGCAUCUGGGCAGUAGCUCGAGGCAUGAUACCAGAGGAUAAUCUGGUAUAUGAGCCAACCUUUGCAAUGCAGGAGGUCAUUGACUUUACUCACUAUCAUCCUAGCCACUGGAAGGACCGACUGCAUACGGUGGAGGUCAAACGCGAGUUCGAGCAACUGUACCAGAUGAAAAUCUUGAUACUAGCGGAAGAGGUGCUGAGUAUGGUCUUCACGCCGUUCGUUCUAUGGUUCAGCCUACCGAAGUGCAGCGACCGCAUUGUCGACUUUUUCCGGGAAUUUACUGUUCAUGUAGAUGGCAUCGGCUAUGUCUGCUCCUUCGCCGAGUUCAAGUUCACGCGACCACUUGAGUUGGGCGCACCGCCAGCGAAUCCGCCUGCAACACGGCCAGACAAGCAAGGUGAAGAUGCUCGUGACGAUUACUUUGCCUCGAAGGAUCACAAGCUCGAGCAGAGCUAUUGGGGGUUUAUGAAUGACUACUCGCGGAAUCCGAAGGCGGACGUCAGAUUUCACUACCAUAGUGCUCGAAAACGAGUCCCAGUGCCUCCUCCGGUGCCAGGCUUGCCCUCCCCAAUAUUGCAGGGUGGUUUCGGAGGACAUAGCACCAGUGCUCGAGCAAAUUCGGUGUUCUCACCCCCCCGAGGUAAUUCUAGCGCCUCGCAGUUUAUGGGCCAGACAAUGGGCACACCCCUACAGUCAAUGCUCUUGGACCCUCAUCAUCAGCCCGCCGCAGGCUUCGCGGCGGCGGGCAAUCAAAAACAAAAGGCACCGUUUAUGUCGCAGCUCAAGGCUCAAAGACGGGCUGUCUCUCACCCUGCUGAAGUACGAGAAGAGGAUGAAGAUGUGGCUGACGUCAGCCAACCGAAUGACCCAGCGUCCACAGGUCAGCUGGGUUCUUGGAAGUAUGAUGACGAGCAAAGCGAGACAAGUGAUGAGGAGGAUGAAGCUGUCCUUCAGCCAGAGGGAGUCGUCGGCCUCAUUAGACGACUACAGAAAACUCAAAGUGAGGGAGAUCGGGGUGCGGGUAUUCGAACAUGA